UAAUCCAUUGGGUUGGACACUAUCGGGUCAAGGCCCACAAAAAUGUAAACACCCGGUAACCAAAUUAGGGUUUUUAUAGCCUUCAUCUACCUUACUUCACUUUAGCGCCUCCGUCUUCCUCCUCUGCUGCAGAUUCCAAACCCUAGGUAAGGUGUAGUUUUUAGAGGCGAAAUAAUGGUGGAGAAGACGAAAGGAAGGAAGGAAGAGGUGGUGACGAGAGAGUACACCAUUAAUCUUCACAAGCGGCUUCAUGGAUGCACCUUCAAGAAGAAGGCCCCCAAAGCCAUCAAGGAGAUCAAGAAGUUUGCACAAAAAACCAUGGGAACCACUGACGUGAGAGUGGAUGUCAAACUAAACAAAUACGUUUGGAGCCGUGGAAUCAGAAGUGUUCCAAGAAGAGUCAGAGUUCGAAUUGCCCGCAAGAGAAACGAUGAUGAAGAUGCAAAGGAAGAACUUUACUCGCUUGUCACCGUUGCUGAAAUCCCAGCAGAAGGGUUGAAGGGUCUCGGCACCAAAAUCAUUGAUGAUGAAGAUUGAUUUGGUAAAAUCUGUCUUUUUCUUGAAAUAUGAGAGUUUGGUUUUUGAUAUUUGGUACCCUUUAUUAUGAUUGUAGUGUUUACAUUGUUUCAAGAAUACUUUUUACCUUUUGGUAUUUUGCAUGUGAUGUGGAUGAUUUUGAUACCCA